AUGAAUUCCAUAGUAGAUACCGACCAAAUCCUCUCCGAAAACGAACAUUGGAAAAAACUCGAAGAACAAUGGGGUAUACCAAUUGACCUGGAGGUAGACGAACGUGACGAUCAGCCAAAACUAAGACCAGUCUUCAGCUGCCUCGACCUGAAAACAACAUUCGAUUCAUCCUUCCUUUUCAAGAAAGUCAGACGGAAACUCGGCCGGCAACUGUCAAAAACGUCAACAAAAACGGCUGCUGACUACCAGGAUUUCCUCAACCACCUACAUGACCCUUCAAAGGAAUCCUCACAACAAUUUUUAUGCAUCCAAAAUGCUAUCUCAGCAUCAUCUGUUGAAGAGAUCUGUAAGAAAAUUGAUGACAUUUUUCGAUCCAUCGAGAAAUUAUCGACGUGUAGUAUCAGGAAACCCAAGGUCAAACUCCCAGAAAUAGUGCAUUGCAGCAUAUCAGCAUCGGACCUCUCAUUCGAUGAUACAGUCCAGGAUGAGAGUCACUACGACAGUGAAAUAGACAGACAUAUGGAGGAGGCAUUUCAUGACUUGAGCACCAUCAAAAGCACAGAACAUAUAGACCAGUCUACCUUGGAUUCGGUGACAACACUCGUGAGAAAAUUUAGCAGUAUUCUAGAACAUCCCACAAUGAAACAGAGCGCCAGAAGACAAAAGCAGUGUAGUGAAAAGUUUAGGGAUUUAGCUGAGUUUUGGAAAAGUCACGCAUUUAACACAGAGAAUAUGUAA